CUGAGCCCGGCCCGGCUCGGCCCAACCCGCCCUCCCGUAUCCACCGACCGACCGACUCACUCACCCUCCUCGGCGGGAACCGCUCCCGGAAGCCCCGAAGAGGAGGAAGAGGAGGCGGGGAAGCGGAGUCUCCGCUUGGUGCGAGUGUCCGCAGAGCAGGGACCGCGCCGACGGGACCGCGAGGCGCCAGAUCACAUUUUGUAAAAAGAUGAAGAACAGAAAGGAAUGUAUUCAGGAUACUGAAGGUCAGAAGCACGAAGGCAUGGAAGGUGAAGAAAAUGAAGAAAACUGUUCCUGUUCUGCUCUAUUACAUGAUGGUGACACGUGCCCCAUCUGUCUGAACUGCCUCCUAGAACAAGAGAUUGGUUUUCCUGAGAACUGCAAUCAUACCUUCUGCAUGACUUGUAUUCUUAAAUGGGCUGAGACACAGGCUUCAUGUCCUAUUGAUCGUAGACCAUUUGAAGCAGUCUGCAGGCUUGAUGCAUUAGAAGAGCAGAUAAAGGUUCAGGUUAAAAAGCAGCGAAGGAAGAAGGAAGAGGAGGAAAACUGUGCCUGCAAUAAGGGAAAAUACAGCCAUGAAAAGAUGAGAAGCUUUGUGAGACAAGCUUUAUGUCCAGACAGAGGGCCAUUAGCAGCAAAAUUAAGCAAAGUUGUGAAGAAAAAAUACAGUAAUAUUUUCCAUGACAAAGGAAAUAAGAAAACUUUGUCUGUGAAGAUAAACAAGCCCAGCAGACAGACCUGCUGGAAUGAGUGCUUCAGAACUAAUUUCUUCAGCACGCUUCCGGCCGGUGGUAGCAAUGAAGAAUCCUUUUUUAGCUCUAGAAAUGACUGUACAGAAUUCACAGAAGCCAAUGCAGUGAUGAGGCAUAAGAGACAAGAACUGGAAUUGUCCUGUUCAAGUGCACUUGCUAGAGUUGAAAGAAUACCUUUAAUGUCUUGUGGAGCUGAAACUGAGACCUUUCUUUUCACUUCUACUACGCUGACAGGGACGAUGCUUCCAACAAAUAUCAGACCUCUCGAAAACUUUGAACCUCCAGGCAAAGGAUAUGCUGUUUCAUGUGCCCAAGAAGGAGAAGAGAAAAAGCAAGCUUCUGGCUCAUCUGGCACUAGAGGAACUAGAAGAAAAUUUGUUAACACUACUCCUAGAAGAAGAUCUGCACGAAACAACAAAAAUGAAACUCUGGAUCAAUCUCAGAGAUCACCUCAGUCAAGCAGUUCUGCGUGUGGUGCCUCUGAUGGCAACAACCCAUCUCUUAAUAAAUCUCCUUCAGAAUCAGGGAAGGCUCCUCCAAAACGAAAGUCUAAAAGAGCAGCUAAACAACAAACACCUGUGGCAAAAAAGAAACUGAGAAGUUCUGCACGUUCCAAAAAAUCAUCCAGUGAUUCAGUGGAAGGCGAUGACAUUGCCGAGUCUGAAGCAAUUCCAACAUUAGAUAAAGACCAGCAGUCUGAUAAUGAAAGCAAUAACACAGGCAUUCCACAGAAAACUAAUGCAGAAACAGAAUCUGCUAAUGGGUUGGAAAGCUGCAGUGAACAUGCAGAAACUGAGGAAACUACAGGAGAAUGUGACAAAGAUGAAGACACUUCAAACAAUGCAGACAUCAGUUUUUCUAUUGAAUUACCUCCAGUACAAACGUCAGGGGAAGAAUGUCAGGAAUUAGAAGUAAAAGGUAUUUCUGAAAAAAAUGUAGAUCAUGAGAAUCAGGAAAUCUGUGAAAAUACUUGUGAACAAAUGGAAACAGUAGCUACUCCCAGAGAUGAAGUAUGUGAUCAUACAACUCUUGAAGAAGUAGACCAGAGAUUGUGUAGUCCUCAAAAUGAAUUGAUGGAGAAGGUAGAAACUGCAACAGAAAAUGAUCAGCCUAUAGCUAGUCCUGAAAAUGAGCUGUUGGAAUAUCCAGGACCUUUGGGAAAAGAUCAGCCAGUAAAGAGCCCCAGGAGUGAAUUGCCCGAGCAUUCAGAAGCCAUAGAAAUAGAUAAUUCUGAGGCUGAAGAAACAACACUAGUGGACUCUGCAAAUACAAGUACUCAAACCUUAAAAACUCUUCAAGAUGAAGAACCAGACACAUCAAUACACAGCAUUUCCAUGGACAGUACAUCAGAACAAUCCUUAAGAGACAAUGCUGUGCCAGAAAGUGAAGAGGGUAGGACUUCAGGGUCACCUCGGGUCAAUGCUGAGCAUAAACAUCUUGGUGAGGAUGACAAUGAAAUGAUACCAAUGGAUUGUGACUCAUUUUGCAGUGACCAGAAUGAACCUUCAAUUGAGCAAUUGCCACCAGUUGAACACACAGAGCAAGGAGAAGUCAGCUCCUUGCAGUGUGGUGUAGUAAACUGUACAUCAGUUUCAGGACUUUCUGAUAAAAAAGAUGAAGUUAUUCCUCAAGAAGGAGAGUGCCAGUCUGAACUCAAAAAAGAAAAGAAGACUAGAACUAGAAGGUCUAGGUUUCACUCUCCAUCAACAACUUGGUCUCCUUCUAGGAGAGAGGGCAGGAAGUCUCAGUCCCCAUCACCUAAAAGGGAGAUAACCAGAGACAGGAGCUCUCGAUCACCUAAGAAGGAAACUGUCAGGGAGGGAAGGAGGUCCUUAUCUCGGUCUCCAAAGAGAGACGUGCUCAAAGAUGAGAAAAACACACCACCUCAGUCUCCCAAAAGGGAAAGUUUCAGGGAAAGCAGGAGAUCAUCUUCUCGGUCAAGAACUAAGGAUUCAUCUCCAAGACAAAAAUCUAGAUCUCGAAGCAGUGAUCGAGACAGUCAAAGGAGAGAUCGUGACAGAGAAAGAAGAGCUAGGAGGUGGUCUAGGUCACGGUCACGAUCCAGGUCAAGAUCACGAUCCAGGACAAGGAAUAAAGCUGCUUCAUACUCCAGAAAUGAGAAGGAGAGUCAUUCACCUAGGUGGAAAGAGAGGUGGUCAAGUGACAGCUGGAGGAGUCCCAGGGGAAAUGAUCGAUACAGAAGAAGUGAUCAAGAGAAACAGAAUGAAAGCCUUAAAAAAGAGAAGGACAGUACAGAAAAAAACAAUUACGAUCAGUGUGCUGCAGACAAGAGGAGGAAUGAUUGUCCAGACUGGGUAAUGGAAAGGAUAAAUUCAGUUCCUGAAGUCAGGAACAGAGAGAGAGAGAAACCGCACUGGGAAGACACCAGGUAUGAUAAUUCAGGACACUCUUGGAAUAAAAGCUUUGGUUCAGGUUGGUUUCCAAAUCGAGGAAGAGGUCAGCGUGGCCGAGGUGGGCGUGGAAGAGGUGGUUUCAUGUAUGGAGACCAGAGUGAAAAUCACUGGCAAAAUAGAAAACCUUUCUCAGGGAAUUCGGAUGGUUCUGGGAAUGAAACAUCGAGGUUCCCAGAGCAUCAGCCUUACAAGCGCAAGAAUGAACAAGAUUAUUCUUUUGAUACUCCUGCUGACAGAUCAGGGUGGACAUCUGCAUCCAGCUGGGCUGUAAGAAAGACUUUGCCUGCUGAUGUACAGAAUUAUUAUUCAAGAAGAGGACGCAGUUCACCAAGCCCACAGUCCGGAUGGGGAAUGAGACAAGAAGAGGAGGCACCUGAACAAGAUGCAAACCUCAAAGACCAAGGCAACCAGCAAAGUGAUGGUUCUCAGUUACCAAUAAAUAUGAUGCAGCAACAAAUGAAUGCAAUGCCACAAGUGAAUGCACAGCACCAACCUAUGAAUAUCUUUCCGUAUCCAGUGGGUGUCCAUCCUCCCAUGAUGAAUAUGCCACGAAAUCCCUUCAGCAUCCCCCCUCCAAUGCCCAUGCAUCUCCCCACUGGAGUGCCCCUCAUGCAGGUAGCUGCCCCCACAAACUUAUCUCAGGGAUUACCUCCGCCUCCACCUCCACCCCCACCAUCUCAACAAGUCAGCUACAUUGCUUCACAGCAAGAUGGAAAACAAUUGCAGGGUAUUCCAAAUGCUGCUCAUGUAAAUAAUAACAUGAGUGCUCCAGCCUUGCCUGCUCCGACAGCAGCCCUGGGAAGUGUGGGAACAGUGCAGGGACCAAGUUCGGGUAAUGCAACAUCAUCCACUCACAUCAAGAGCUCCAAUGCAGCUGUAAAACUGGGAGAGAACAAAGCAAAUGUAACAGUGGAAGCCAGUGCAGACAGCUCGAAGAAGGACCAGAAAUUGUUAAUUCAAGAAAAAGCAGCACAAGAGGUCAAACUGGCUAUUAAACCUUUCUACCAAAAUAAAGACAUCACUAAGGAAGAAUACAAAGAAAUCGUGCGGAAAGCCGUAGAUAAAGUUUGUCAUAGCAAGAGUGGAGAAGUUAAUUCUGCAAAAGUGGCAAAUCUGGUCAGAGCAUAUGUAGACAAAUACAAACAUUCACGGAAGAAAAAUCCUGAAGAGGCAGUCUCCUGUGAAAGGAAAUAGAACAUGUUUUCAGUUUUUAAUCUUAUUGUAUCUGCAAAGUGCAAUUUCAACAUGAACCAUUAACUGAAAAUUGUACAUGACAGUGAUUUGAAUCUGGUUUUGAUAAAAUUAUUUUUCAAUGUGUAGUAUAUAAUGUUUUGUUCUAAAGAAAUAGAAAUCUGCAGGGCAACUUCUUUAUUCCUCUUUAAAAACAGAUGUCUAAGAAAAAAUAAAGAUGUAAAGAAGAAUCAUUAGGAAUGUACUAUUGUGUGGAUACUUAGAUGUACAGCAUUUUGACUUGAAUAACAGAGUUCAUUAAAUUAGAAGUUUGAGUACAUUGGUUUUGGAACAGGUAUGUACAGUACAUGUAAUCGGUCAGAUUAAAGUAAUUUUUUUUUCUUUUGAUUUCUUCCUAAUAUCAGCAAAGAUGAAAUAGUGUAUUUCCUUGAUAAGUAUUGCAAGUGUUAACUGGACAGGCUGAAUGCAGGGGUCACAGUGUGUAUAUAAAAAAGCACAUGGAGUUGUCUGAACAGAAGAACUGUUUAGAUUUUAAAGAGAAAAAUCAUGAACAGUAAAAUGCAGUGUCCAAAGCCAUGGGUGCUGCGUGUCUGUCGUAACACCAAAUAAAAAUUAUGCUGCUU